ACUAAGCCACUAAGCCACUAAGCCACUAAGCCACCCAAGUUAGAUCCUUCACAUGUUCGUAUUCCAUCGAAGACAGUUUCUUCCUAAAAACACUACAGACAUAAAAUAUUGGUCCACCAAAUCCAGGCAUGUAUUAUAGUUGAAUAUACUAUACUAUUCAGAUUCCAGCUACAACUAACCAAUUUGAAUAUGUCCCGGCGAUCAUCAGCUCAUAAUACAGCAGCUGCACCCAGUAUGCCAGCCAGCACGCCAGCGCCUAAUCUGACGGGCGUAGCGGCUGCAUUCGGCGAGGAUACACUCAGAGACUCGGUCAAGGAACUCUCGGUAGCUACCGAAGGCCUGAGCGCGCCGAGUGUCUGCGUCGCCACCGACGAGACACUUGCGAAUGGAUUUGACGAGAUUGUGAGCUCCGAGGUCGUGCUAGCAGAAGAUAGCGACCCGGUAGAUGUUAUAGAGUCCGAUGCAGGUAGGAUAGGCGUUGGCGUUGGCGUUGGCGUAUCAGUUGACGUGCUAGAUACUUCGCAGGCGUCGAAGCUUACGCUAACACAUCCAAUUUGUGUAACGGCCAUCGUUACUACCAUUGUCAAUAUCGGAAUCAACUUCAUCUUGCUUAUGCUUGCUAUCGGAAUGGUCCUCCGGUUGAUCGCUAACAGGUCUAUAAUGGUCACGACGGCGGUUACAAUGAUUCGUGAUUGUAAAGAGGGGUAGACUCAUAAGCAAAAGAAGAGAUGGGCAAACGUUCUAUUUAGCAAUGGCACAGAUAAGAUAUAACAUACCUACCUACCUAGCAAGAGAUGAUGCUACCAUAACAUUGACCGUUUAGGAGCGACACCACAACUUCUUUGGGAGAUAUACUUCCACCGUAGCACCACAUAUGGAGAGGAUGAUAUGUGUAUUCCCUAUAUGUGUAUUCCCUAAACUCUACCAGCGUUACAACAUGACGUAGACUGCGUACACACAAGCUCUACCAUGUUACACCGUAACGGAUUGACCAAACAUAUAAGCUUAUGACUAUCUUGGCUCUUCUCCUAAAAGAAAACUACAGGGUUCGGCGAAGAUCUUUAUCAGAUUUGGGCAAAUCAAAUAGCAAAAUCUUAAUCUUCAGUUCCACUCGUAAUGCUAACCAUAUC